CGGGCGGUAGCGCACCGCCACGUCUCUGCCGGGCGCGGGGGCGGCCGGGGGGCCCGGGGGGCGCCCGUGGAAACUCCGCGGCCGGCGGACGGCAGGCGGACGCGUCUCUGGAGUCCGGAGAGGGGACUCUGAGCCGGGAGGACGUGGGUAGGGGCUGCUGCACCCGUGCCCGGGCAGACAUGCCUUUGGGCGGGAUUUGGGCCAAAAGAUAGGAGGCGGGCGCGCCGGAGGGAGCCGGCAGCCGUCCCGGGGGGUGGGGGGGGCGGGCGAGCUGGGAGCGGCGGGGUGGGGGGGAGGGUCUGGUCGGAGCAGGUAGUGCCGCUUGGGCAACCCGGCGAGUUGGCCGGUGGGGUGGAACUCGCUGGUCAACUCGUUCAUUUGAAAGCAGUCAGUUUGGGAGUGCGGCAGGAUAGUCAGGGGGGGCUGUGAGAAGCGAGAGGUGGCCCCCGGGAUGCCGGUGGUGGGGGCAGAGAGGAGAAGCCUGGAAAAGCUUGGAGGCGAAUUCGCGCUUGGGUUCGUGGUCCUCGCAGCCCUCCUGCCUUGAGUGUGGGAGAACACUUUUUUCGGUUUUAAGACUCAGCGUGGAGAGAAAGCCUCCGUCCCAGGGGAGGAGAGACGUCUGCGGGGGGCAGAGACCGCAGCCACCGCCGGGUGCGCCCCCCACCCCAGGCGCGCCGGCUUUGGUCCCCCCUUUCUCUCCCGCCCCCACCUCCUUAUUGGUGCUGGUUUGCAGCGCUCGGCUCCUGCGCCUUCGCUUCGCGUUUGAAUCUGGCUCGCCCCUCCGUAUUAUGUCUGCACUCCGAAGGAAAUUUGGGGACGAUUACCAGGUAGUGACCACCUCGUCCAGCGGCUCGGGCUUGCAGCCCCAGGGGCCGGGCCAGGGCCCGCAGCAGCAGCAGCUUGUGCCCAAGAAGAAGCGACAGCGGUUCGUGGACAAGAACGGCCGGUGCAAUGUCCAACACGGCAACCUGGGCAGUGAGACGAGCCGCUACCUCUCGGACCUUUUCACCACCCUGGUGGACCUCAAGUGGCGCUGGAACCUCUUCAUCUUCAUCCUCACCUAUACAGUGGCCUGGCUCUUCAUGGCGUCCAUGUGGUGGGUGAUCGCCUACACUCGGGGCGACCUGAACAAAGCCCACGUCGGCAACUACACGCCCUGCGUGGCCAAUGUCUAUAACUUCCCUUCGGCCUUCCUCUUCUUCAUCGAGACCGAGGCCACCAUCGGCUAUGGCUACCGCUACAUCACCGACAAGUGCCCCGAGGGCAUCAUCCUCUUCCUCUUCCAGUCCAUUCUCGGCUCCAUCGUGGACGCCUUCCUCAUCGGCUGCAUGUUCAUCAAGAUGUCCCAGCCCAAGAAGCGCGCGGAGACCCUGAUGUUUAGCGAGCACGCGGUGAUCUCUAUGAGGGACGGGAAACUCACGCUCAUGUUCCGAGUGGGCAACCUGCGCAAUAGCCACAUGGUCUCCGCGCAGAUCCGCUGUAAGCUGCUCAAAUCUCGGCAGACACCUGAGGGAAUGACUUGUCAAGCUCGAACAUCGUACACUGAAGAUGAAGUUCUCUGGGGUCAUCGUUUUUUCCCUGUAAUUUCCUUAGAAGAAGGAUUCUUUAAAGUUGAUUACUCCCAGUUCCAUGCAACAUUUGAAGUCCCCACCCCACCUUACAGUGUGAAAGAACAGGAGGAAAUGCUCCUUAUGUCAUCUCCUUUAAUAGCACCAGCCAUAACUAACAGCAAAGAAAGACAUAACUCUGUGGAAUGCUUAGAUGGACUUGAUGACAUUAGUACCAAACUUCCAUCUAAGCUGCAGAAAAUUACUGGAAGAGAAGACUUUCCCAAAAAACUCUUAAGAAUGAGUUCUACAACUUCUGAAAAAGCCUACAGCUUGGGCGAUUUGCCCAUGAAACUUCAACGAAUAAGUUCAGUACCUGGCAACUCAGAAGAAAAACUGGUAUCUAAAACCACCAAAAUGUUGUCUGAUCCCAUGAGCCAAUCAGUGGCUGAUUUGCCACCAAAGCUUCAAAAGAUGGCAGGAGGAGCAACCAGGAUGGAAGGGAAUCUUCCAGCAAAAUUAAGAAAAAUGAACUCUGAUAGAUUCACAUAACAAAACACCCCUUCAGGCAUUAUUUAUUGUUUGAUUUAGUAAUAGUCCAAUAUUUGGCUGAUGAGGUAAUCCUCUCUAAGGAAUUUGAAAGGUACAUUUUUUUCUCCCAGUCAUAUAUGCAUAUUUGAGAACCCUACCUUUUCAAGUAUUGCUACUGUGCAGAAAGAAAAUAUUAUAAAGGGAGGACAUCAGAAGGAAGUUCUUAAUAAUGGGCAUGUAUUAUCACAUCAAGCAUGCAAUAAUGUGCAAAUUUUGCAUUUAGUUUUAUGGCAUGAUUUAUAUAUGGUAUAUUUAUAUUGUAUAUUAUGGAAAAUGUAUAUAUAUAUUUAAAGGGGUGGUACUAUCCACAAUAUUUCUAACAUAUGUAUUAAGCCAAACAUGAGUUGAUAGCUUUCAGGGUGAUAAAACUAUAUAUAUGUGUGUGUACACAUAGUUUUAUAUAUACACACACAUAUAUAUGUACAUAUAUAUAUAUAUAUUCACACAUACAUACAUAUAUCUGAUAAAAUUGUGAUGUUUUGUUCAAAGUUGUAGUUCUUGUGCAUGUUUACUUUAUUAGGCUAGGAAAGCUUCUGGCAUUAAUUAUUAAUACCAAAUAUUUUAGCCUUAAAUUAUUUGUCAUUUUAAAAUCUGAUUUAAUGUUUUCUGCUGUUUAAGGACCUGGAAGGUUUUCCAUUGUACUUUUUAUGAGGGAGUCACACAAGUAUGUGCUACUUAUGGCCCUGCAAAAAUGUAACCAUUAUAUAUUUGACAUGUAAAUUUUGAAGCAUACUAAUACACUGACAAUUUCUAAUGAUUUUUAAAAGUUGCUAGUACUGGGGAAAAAAUAAACAUUGCUUAUUUUGAGAGUUGGUCCUUUCCUGGACUAAAGUCUGGAAAUCUCUUUUGUAUAUGAUCUAAUUUAAAUAUGAGCUCUGAACAAAUGCUGAGUCAUUGUAAUAGUCAGUAGCCAAGUAAUAUUGAAUAUAUUGGAAUCUGUGUGAAAUUGCAUAAUGAAUGGUCCCUGUUUCGAGCUGAGUGAAUUGGUAAUAUUUUUCACUCUUUUUCUCGAACUUUUGUCAUUUUAAAAACCAAUAAUUAAUCCUUGAGUAGACAAAACAACACAAUGAAAUAGAUGAUAGAUAUUUAUGCAUAAAAUAUGUAUGUCUAAUCGUGUCUCUCAUUUUAUGCCAUUUUCUUGUUUGUGGCAUUUGUUAUAACAGGAAAGAUUUUUUCCUCACCUGGGCAACCUACUUUAUCCCAUACCUGUCACUCAAUUCAGACAGAAUGUUUUGUACAUACCUGAGAGAAUUUAAAAUCAGAUAACUUGAAGAUAUUUUACCCAUGUGACUUUUUUGCUUUGUUUUGUUUCAGUAAACAAUCAAUUUAUUGGUGUGUUGGAUCUCUGGCCUACCAAAAUAAGUGUAGCAGUACUAUUUUUUUAACCCAAAGGUCUGAUAUUUAUGACUCAUUAAUGGGAAUUAAAACUAUUCCUCAAAAGAACACAGGCGAAAUAAAGAUUUGGAAUGUAGAGAUUUUAAUGAAAAUUUAUAAGUGCUCCUUAUCAAAAUAUCAUGGACUUUCCUAUAAAACUUCUUUGGGUGUUGUACUCUAAAGUCUGUCCAGAAUUAAUCUAUUUCUCCUUAUAAAUAUGUAAAUCCUUAAUAGCUGGUUUGGAGUCCCACUAUUUUCCCCUUUUUUAGCAAUCCUGUGAUGAUUUUCAUAUUGGAAAAUUAUUAUAUCAACAAUUCUGUCAUUGACUACAAUAAUAUUAAUACCUUCUGGCUACCUCUGUAUCAAUCAAAUUCUGCAGGUGCAAACAUAUACCAGGGAAUUGUUACUGGCAAAAUGAUCAACUUUGGGCAUCCAUCCACUGUGAAUAGACCUGGUUGACCUAACCCUUUACCCCCAAACUUUCUUAUUUGCUGGAUACAGGAAAUGAAAUAGUAGCAGAGCGAGAAGGGGCCCGAGGGGCACAGUAUAUUUGUUAUCAGUGGAAGAAACUGCACAGAUCAUUUAGUCCAACCACUUAAAACUAAAGAGCCAUAAUUUAAUUUGGAGAGUCAUUUGAGUUUGGUUUUGGUGCCAAGGGGAAAAUGGGACCAAAAAUAAACUCUCCAAAUACAUUCAAUCAUUCAUUCAGUGAAAUUUCUGCAUGUCUUUUAAGUUCUAGGCAUUUUUAGCUCCUGUAGAUUUGGAUAUGACUAAAUCAGAGGUGGUCCUUGCUCAUUCAAACACCAUGUAUCAGUUGGAGAGGGGGGAGGGGAGAUAAAAAUAACAUAAUUUCAGAGUCAAAAUAUCAGUUAAUGGAAGGAAAGCAGAGUAACACAAUGGAAAAUGAUUGGGUGAAAUAAUUGAUUAUUUUGGAAGGGGGAGGUGGUGAUCUUUAAACAGAGACCUGGAUGAUGAGAAAGAACCACUGUUGCCAAAUUAAUUUUUCUUAGUGAAUGCUAUUCCUUUCUCUUUCCCACAUAUAUAUGGGAAAAGUAUGAUUUCUGCAUGUAAUUGCAGUUUAACUCCUGUUACUAAGUUGAUCAUUGGUCCCGGUUUACCCAGGAGAGUUCCAGUUUUUACCUGUUGUACCUGUGUAAUUAUUAAUAGUACUCCCUUUCACUCUUAUAAUGUCUUGGUUUGGAUGAUAUAUGGUGACUCUACAUUUUUGUUGAGACUAUAUUAUGAAGUCUGAUAUAUUUGGAUAAAAAUAAAGAAUUGAUUUUUCUUCUCA